UUCCGAUAGGAUAAGCAACGCAGCUAUUGGUCGAAACGCUCUCCCAGAAGAUUUCCAAACGGGUUUUGUUUUUUCCUUCCAACCGAAAAUUCAGUUCUAACAAAAUAUUUCCCACAGAAUUAUUUUCAUUUUCGGGCGAUUAAUUAGCCGGAAAAUCUGAGAUUCUGUACUAACAUUUUCAAUCAAAUGGCGGCGGCAGCAAGUGCCAGUAUUUACCUGGGAAACAUAGAGCACCGUCACAGUUUCUUCUCAUCAAAGCCUCGAUUCCGCCGCCUGUUUCCGGCCAAUUACAGCCCACGAUUCCUAGCCAUGGCACCCAAGAAGAAGGUGAAUAAAUACGAUACCGAUUGGGCAAAGGAAUGGUAUGGCGCUGGAAUUUUCUAUGAAGGCAGCGAAGAGCAAGAAGUCGAUGUGUUCAAGAAACUUGAGAAACGAAAAGUCCUAAGCAAUGUGGAAAAGGCCGGCCUAUUAUCCAAAGCAGAGGAAUUAGGAUUCACAUUGUCAUCUAUCGAGAAGUUGGGAGUGUUAUCAAAGGCAGAGGAGCUCGGCCUGCUCAGUUUACUGGAACGGGCUGCCAGUUUUUCACCCUCUGCCCUGGCCUCGGCUUCACUACCAAUUUUGUUGGCGGCAGUGGUGGCAAUUGUGGUGAUCCCAGAUGACUCGGCGGGGCUGGUGGCGGCCCAGGUCGUGAUUGGUGGGUUGCUUGCCGUUGGGGGUGUUGGUUUGUUUGUGGGAUCACUUGUUUUGGAAGGGUUGCAAGAGGCUGACUAAAGGUGAAAAUCUUGAUAAUUUGUGGUCUUAUUAUGUAUCUCCUUUUUAUUUUUCUCCCAUCGUUUAUCUUGGUAAGAAGAAUGCUUUGGAUCGAGUGAUAUUUGGAAAUCUUCUUUGGUUUAAAAGAAAAGAUAUGUCAAUGUAUUUUAUUAAGGGGCUGUCUGGGAGCUAUUAAUGGUAGAUUAUAAGCUGAAUUUGUACCGUUA